ACGAUUCCUGGUUUUGAUGUGCUUGGUCUCAUAGGAAGGGGAGGACAAGGAAUUGUCUACCUUGCUCAAGCAGAGGGGUCUCAAUCAAAGUUUGCUGUCAAAGUCUGCAAUAGGCCAGACGAGAGAGAGUACCAGAAUCUGAAGACUCUGCAACAACUUCAACACCCCAACAUUGUCAAGAUGUUUGACUGUCUUGUAGAGCCUUUUGCGAUUGUGAUGGAGUUUGUAGAAGGGCAGUCAUUGAAGGAGAUCAUGCAAACCUCAGAGGACGGGGAGUGCAGACAGCUUGGUGAGGAGAUGGUGCAGACGAUCGGCGGUCAGAUGCUGGAGGGACUGUCUCUUCUACAUCGAAUGGGAAUCAUUCAUCGCGACCUCAAACCUUCCAACAUCAUGUGUUCCUUCCCGCACGCUGACGUCUGCCGAGUUGUUCUCAUCGACUUUGGGUCUUCCAAGCAUCAGGACUAUAACGAGACUUUGACGCGCACGGGUCAGUUCGUUGGAACCUGGCAAUACUUCAGCCCCGAGCAGUGCCGCGGCGAUCCGCAGCUGGAUGCACGGGUGGACGUUUGGUCAGCUGGGGUUGUGCUGUACGAGAUGGCGGCAGGAAGAAAUCCUUUCUACUCACACGACGUCCUUGAGCUCUUCACUGCUGUGCGCAGACAGCCUUUCCAGCAGAUCCCUGGUUGUGGCGCAGCGAUGAACAUCUUUCUCAAGACAGCCUUGAAGAAAGACCCCAGAGAUCGU